AUGUCGGAGGAGAUGCUUGCAGAAUCAUUGCCGCUCUUCCGGGCUGCAGGUCAUCGCAGGGGUGACGUGAUCCCUGCGGCGGCGCCGCGCCGGUACCCUUUCAUUGUAGCCGUCGGCUCCUCGUGCUGUGUGCAACGGGCGGCGGAUGACACCACCUCCCCCUUCAUUAGUGCACUGGCGCCGUCGGCCUGCCAGAAGAGUAAGAAGUCCUCAGCACCGUCUGGACAUCGACACCUCUUCUCCGCCAGAUCGGUGGGGCCGCGGCGCCUCAGCGAGCAACGUAGCGGUGGAUGCCGGCGGUUGUCAUGGAGCACACAAUUGUCACAGCUGCUUUCCGAGGAGCAGAUUACCCGCUGGAGGCUACGGUGCGAGGAGCAGGAAGAGCGGGUGGAGAUUGCGCUGGCAAAGCCGUCGUGCUGGGUGCUGCUCCCUCACGUUGAUGUGACAGCUGCACGCUCUGGACGUGGACAAGGCGACGAGCGCCUGGGCUGCGGUGCGUGGGCUCGACCACAAUUAUCGCUGUCGGAACUCGUUUGCGCCACGGCCAAUGAAGCCCAUUCGUUGCGCGCUGACCGGAGGCGGAUCAAGACGAAGAAGCACUGCUCCUCCGGGCGUAGCGGAGGUCUUCGAGGGCACCCGACUUCAGAGAUCCAAAACACAGCGUCCGCCCCUGCGCCAUUGUAUGUGCGCGACAGCGAGCUGCUGCGCGCGUUGCAUAGGGCAGAGGCACGUAUCAAACAGCUGGAGGCCGGCACCGUGUCGCAGGCUUCAGGGCCAUGGGAUAAGGAGAACAGCAUGAACGCUUCCUUGCCCACGAUGGCGAAGCCGCAAGCGUCGGCCUGCCCUGGCACAACCCAACCUUUUUUACCUCUAUCACCGCGGCUGGAAACCUUGUAG